CCCGCGCCGCCGCCGUCCCGCCGCGGCCGCAAAGUGCGCCGGUGCCGGACAGAGCGUUUACGACAUCGCGGGGCGGCGGCGGGUCCCUGAUCAUGUUCGGGGUGGCGGCAGAGGAGGACGACGCGGAUUUCCUGUCCCCUGCCAGCGGUGCCAGGCUGGCCUCUCUCUUUGGUCUGGACCAAACAGUCUCAGGCCAGGGAAAUGAAUUCUUCCAGUACACUGCACCAAAGCAGCCUAAGAAGGCUCAGACUGCAGCUGCAGGUCCUGCAGCCCAGAAGGCUCCUGUGGCCCCAGCAGCCUCGGCAGCACCAUCAGUGUUUGUGGCCACCGCCGUGCACGCUUACCGCUAUACAAAUGGGCAGUACUUGAAGCAAGGCAAGUUUGGAGCAGCUGUGGUGGGGAACCAUGCUACUAAAGAGUACAGGAUCCUCCUUUACAUCAGUCAGCAGCAACAGAUCACAGCUGCGAGGAUCCACCCCGGCUUCGUUCUGACGGUUCAGCCCAACAAUUACAGCACCUUCUAUGAUGAUCAGAGACAAAACUGGUCCAUCAUGUUUGAGUCAGAGAAGGCAGCAAUGGAUUUCAGCAAGCAGGUCUGCAUUGCCAAGUUCAACAGCUGCCCAGCUCUUGACUCUGUGCUCUGCCAGGAUCUCCUGCUUGGGGAAGGGCAGGCAGCAGAAGGAGGAGACUCUCUGGAGGUGGCCUAUACAGGUUGGCUGUUCCAGAACAAUGGCCUUGGACAGGUGUUUGACUCCAACGUCAGCAAAGACAAGCUGCUGAGGCUGAAGCUGGGAUCUGGCAAGGUCAUCAAGGGCUGGGAAGAAGGAAUGGUGGGGAUGAAGAAAGGAGGCAGAAGGUAUCUGAUCAUCCCUCCAGCCUGGGCCUACGGCGCGCAGGGCGUGCCGGGCCGUGUGCCGCCGGACUCCACGCUGGCCUUUGAGGUGGAGGUGCGCAGGGUGAAGCUGGUGAAGGAAUGCCCUGCUGUGGAUGGACAGAGUGUUAGCUCAAGGGAUUCUGCAGCACCCUCUCCAGUACCCAGUGCAGAUGGCUUCUCUGCAGACACUGGCUUGCUGCCUCCAUCUAGCAUACCUCCAAAGCCUGGGGAGCCAGCUGUCCGGGCCAAGUCCAACUCCAUCAGUGAGCAGCUGGCAAAUCCAGACGUGGCGAAGGCCAAGCUGAUCUCUCGGAUGGCCAAGAUGGGGCAGCCCAUGCUGCCUUUCCUGGCUGGGACAGCAGGCAGCCAGCUGGACUCCAGUGACUCAGAAAUAGAGGAUCCAAACACACUGAGGGUGGCAGCACAGCCAGUGGCUUCAUCUGCAGUGAGACCAUCACAGCCUGCUCAUGCAGUACUGCCCACAGUGUCCACACAAGUACCUCCAGUGUCUGGUUCCACAGCCCCAGUGUCUUCUGCUGCUCUGAUACCUGCAACCAUCCAGCCCCAUGCAGCUGUGCCUGGAGGAGCACAGGGCUUUCAGGCAUAUCCAGGAGUGGCAUUUGCUUACCCCCAGACUGCUGCAUCUGCUUCCCAGCUCCAGCCUGUAGGACAGAUGUAUCCUGCACCUUACCAAGCCCCUGGGGAUGUCACCUCCUUUUUGAUGACAGAAGCUCGGCAGCACAACACUGAGAUCCGAAUGGCUGUGAGCAAAGUGGUGGACAAGAUGGAUCACCUGGCUGCCAAGGUGGAGGAGCUGAAGAAACAAACCACUGUUAACAGCUCCCUGCUGCCUGGGAUCUCCUCAGUGACCAUGGAAGCCUCCAUGCUCAUGGGCAACAUCCAGCGCAUCAUCCAGGAGAAUGAGAGGCUGAAGCAAGAGAUCUUUGAGAAGAGCAGCCGGAUCGAGGAGCAGAACGAGAAGAUCAGCGAACUGCUAGAGCGCAACCAGAGGUACGUGGAGCAAAGCAACCUGCUCAUGGAGCAGAGGAACCACUCCCUGCAAACCACCACAGAGAGCACCCAGGCAAGAGUGCUGCAUGCAGAGCAGGAGAAGCACAUGCUGCCAGUGGAUCAGGGCUGGGACCAGGCCAAAGUUGCAGAGGAGCUGGCAGGUGCCACAGCCCAGGUUUCCCAGCUGCAGCUGGAGCUGACUGCCCACCAGAAGAAGGAGAUGGAGCUGCGGAAGCAGCUCUCUGCUGCUCUGCAGGAGGCAGAGCGACAGGAGGCACAGCUCAACAAGCUGCAGGCCCAGCUAGCAGAGCUGCAGGAGGCCUCUGAGGACACCCAGGGCAGACUCAAAGCGGAGAAGCAGAGCCGCAAGCAGCUGGAGGUGAAGGUCACAGCCCUGGAAGAGGAGCUCACAGACCUCAGGCUGGAGAAGGAGACUCUAGAAAAGAACCUGGCAGAGAGGAAGAAGAAAUCCCUGUCAGAGAGGGCUCAGGCAGAGGAGGAGAUGGAGGAGCUGCGCAGAUCCUAUCAGCAGGAGCUGGACAAGCUCAGGCAGCUGCUGAAGAAGGCAAGGACCUCAACAGACCAGGCAGCAGCAGAGCAGCUGACUCUCAUCCAGGCAGAGCUGGAAUCCCAGUGGGAGGCCAGAUGUGAGCGGGCCCUGGCCUCAGCCAAGGAGCAGCACCUCAGGCAGUACCAGGAGGUGUGUGAGCAGAGGGAUUCCCUGCAGCAGCAGAAGGCCCAGCUGGAAGAGAAGCUUGCAGCUCUGAGACAGUCCAAAGGAGCAGAGGAGCAGCAGCUGGCAGAGCUGCAGCAACGUGUGGAGCAGCUGGAGCCACUCCAGCAGAAGUGCACAGCCCUGCAGGCUGAGCUGGUGCUGCUGAGGGCUGGCUAUGAGGAACGCAUCCAAGAGCUGGGGAGGCAGCAGGGUGGAUCUUCAGCUGCAGGCCUCACAGAAGAAGUGAAGAGGAUCAUGAAUGCUGUCUUCCAGGCCCUGCGGGGCGAGUUCGAGCUGGAGGAGGCCUACAGCGGCAGGGCGGUGCUGGGGCUUGUCAUGAGCACCAUCAAGACUGUGACCCUGCAGCUGCUCAGCAGGCAGCAGCAGAAACCAGGUGGUGACAGUGACCAGGAGGAAUCAGAAGCAGCAAGAGAGGAGGGACCAGCUGGAGCACAGGGGGACCAGGAGGAGCCUGUGCAGCACAGCCCAGCACGGAGUGCAGCGCUCCCAGCUGGUGCUGAGGAGCCAGCUGCAGGCCCCACGGUGUCUGAGCAGGACAGCAGCUCUGCUCCUCCCUCUGCCAGGCCCAGAACCCCUGAGCAGGAGCAGGCAGCACGGAGCAGUGGGGUGGCAGAAGAGGAGCAGGGCCAGGGGAAGCCUCUCUCUUCCACAGCCACAUCCUGCCUGGGCCCUGCUGAGGAGCCUGUGCUUGCAGGAGAGCCUCUUGCUGAGGGGGAGGGCAGCUCUGGCCCAGCUGAGCACAGCCAGGGCUGGCCCACUGAGGCUGAACACAGGCCCUCUGGAGCAUCUUUGCAGGCAGAAGCUGCAGAGCAUUCUGUCCUGGAAGCCAAGCCAGGAGCAGCAGAUGAGGCAGGGCUUCCAGCAAAGCCAGCCAGGGAGCCUCUGGAAGGUUUGGAGCCCCCUCCCCUAAAUGGUGAGGGAGAGAACUGCACAGAUCCCUUGGAUGGAGCCAGCUCUGAGGAGAAGCCUGCUGCAGUGUCCAGCACAGCACAGCUGAGCUCAGCUGUCACCAGAGAAACCCCAGGAGAGCAGGGCCUGGGCUCCAGCCCCAGGCACAGAGAGUCCAGCCUCUUCCAGGAUGACAACUUCUUUGCAGCAGCAUCUCCCAGGCCACCCAAGCCUCCAGCUGCCUCUGAGGAGGAGGAUGAAGAGGAAGUGAGCAUGAAGGGUCGUCCCCCUCCGGCCCCACUCUUUGGGGAUGAUGAUGAUGAUGAUCUGGACUGGCUGGGAUGAAGGACUGGCUGGGGAGCCUGGGAGCCCUCUCCUCUGGGCACUCCUCUCUGCACUUGGCACUGGGCUGCCUGCAUGGGACACUUGUG